CCAGGGUAGAACGAUAGGGUUAACCUCCUCCUCCUGCUCCGCAGACCUUCAACUGGGCGGAGUCUGAGUGCACAUUGUUUAGUGUUUUCUGCUUGGGAAGGAGAGAGAGAGAAUGGUCAUAUCAGUCUGUGUGAAGGGUCGGUCGACAAGGAUCGUGUCAGACUACAAAUGAUGAAACAUCGUGAACGGAACACUACACCGACUCAAAUUCCUAAACCCAACCGCGAGACCGACUCGAUGAUUAUGGCCACCGCUGACUCAGCAGUGAGAAGUUUAUCAGAAGUCGAAAAAUACCUUAACAGCCGGAACGAAAUGGCUGAAAGGAGCAGUGGCGAAGGGAACAGUCUGAACAUUCCGGAGUCAAUGUGUCGAGGCAGCUCGGAGAACAACCUAGAUCUAGAUCUGAGCGGCAUCCCAGACUCCCAACGCUACCUAGACUCCUCCCACCGCAGCUUAGACUCCUCCUACCGCUCCCUGCCCCCCGGACUCAACAGCCUGCAGCAGAAGAUCCUCCGGGUGACUGAAGAGUUGAAGAUUGAACAGGAGGCUCGUGAUGACAAUGUGGCUGAGUACCUGAAAUUGGUGAACAGUGCCGACAAGCAGCAGGUGGGACGCAUCAAGCAGGUGUUUGAGAAGAAGAACCAGAAGUCAGCCCACAGCAUCGCCAACAUGCAGAAGAAGCUGGAGCAGUAUCAUAAGAAGAUGAAGGACAGCAGUGAGAAGGACGCCAGCUCCAAACACCACAGCAGUCCCAAGGAGACCUCCAAGGACAGGCUGAGUCUCACCAACGUGAGCAGUGGUAGUGGCCGACACCCCACGGACAAGAUCAAGACUGUAGGGCCUGGCGUCUCACUCUCACCACCAUUCUUCUUCAGCAAGCCCCGGGACUUUGCCAACCUCCUCAGGAACAAGUUUGGCAGUGCCGACAACAUCGCCCACCUCAAGACCUCCCUGGACACGCCCAAUUCCUUCCGCUGUGAAGGCACUGGGCGGGCCCUGAGCGGCAGUGCCUACAUCGGGGAUGGGAAGACCGCGACCCCCGCCGCCACAACGACCCCCAAGUACACCAGCGACGACGACUGUUCCUCUGGCACGUCCCUGUCUGCGGACAGCAACGGGAACACCUUGGCUCAUGGGGUUGGCCUGGGUCUAGAAGGGGGCUCGGGGGCUGCAGUGACUCCUGGACAGAGCCUGGAGGUUGGGGACGGCCAGGGGAGGCUUGACAUGACCAUGGAGGAGGUGAGGGAGAUCAGGGAGACCCAGGGGCAGCUGGAGGAGGACAUGGAGACACUCAGGACCCAGUUCAAGAAAGACUACGGUUUCAUCACCCAGACGCUACAGGAGGAAAGAUACAGGUAUGAGCGGUUGGAGGACCAGCUGAAUGACCUGACAGAGCUCCACCAGGCGGAAACAGCCAACCUGAAACAGGAGCUGGCAAGCAUCGAGGAGAGAGUAGCCUACCAGGCCUACGAGAGAGCCAGGGAUAUACAGGAAGCUCUAGAGUCGUGUCAGACGCGGGUCUCUAAACUAGAGCUCCAGCAGCAGCAACAACAAACUGUACAGCUCGAGUCCAGUGACGCCAGGGUGCUUCUGGGUAAGAGCAUCAACAUCAUGCUCGCCCUCGUCACCGUGAUCCUCGUGUGCGUCUCCACGGCCGCCAAGUUCGCCGCCCCCCUCCUGAGGAGCCGACGCCACGUGAUGGGCACCUUCCUGGCCAUGUGUCUGCUGGCGCUAUUCUGGAGGAAUUGGGAGCAUUUUCAGCGUGCUGUGGAGAGUGUCCUGGUGUCAGCCUAAUGCUGUCCACAACCACACACAGCAACAAAUGAUCUCCGGGCGGAUCUCAGAGCGCAGAACAUCAAAAUAGUAUAUUUAUAAGUGAUUAGAACCUACAGUGGGGAGGUUCUACAGUAUAGCGUUGGUCCUGGUGCUGCCUGGUGGGGGAGAAUGGACCUGUGAAAACAUGGUCACUGACUGGUUAAUCUCACCAGCCAGAAUAACACUGAAUAUCAAGUCAAUGUGAGGUACAAGAACAGACAUCAUAACAACAGACGGCUGAGAAUGUUGUAAUCCUUGAUUAAUGCUGGUUCUCCCAAUGUUAAGUCAUAUCACGAGAGUCUACUUCCUGUUCGCUCCUAAGAUUUCCAUUGGUCAGAAGAGGAUGAUGCAGUCCACAAUGUCACACUGCAACAAAUGAUCUCCGGACUCAGUCAGAACUCCAUCAGAAUGGUGUAUUUGUAAGUGAUGAAGAUCAGAAGAAGUGGGAUCGAGCCUGAUGGUUUUAGACAGGGGAAUUGGGUUUAACCAUGGUUACUAAUUUCCUGUUCAUUAUCCAAUAGGAUCUCAAUCUCCCUGGUCUCUGAUGGGAUUGGUGGAUUGGUCACGGAACAUAAUCAUCAAGUCUGCAUAGUUCUGUUGCCUCACUGUCGUCUCAUGGUCGGAGAGGUUCAUCGGUCUUCAUGGACACACGCACGCACACACACACACACACACACACACACACACACACACACACACACACACACACACACACACACACACACACACACACACACACACACACACACACACACACACACAC